CGCUGCUUCUCUUCGUCGUCGCUGCCCCUGUUGAGCUUUCUUGCUUUCGAACCGGUCAUGUUCCACGAUGGCGUUCACUACGUUCCUGCUCGUGGCGGUGCACACGCUUUACGCUGUUACAUUGCAUUAUAUACGGACAACUUCCUUGGUGGCGUUGACUACCUACGUCGUCACGUCGGUGCAUGCCUCGGCCGCCGGUUGCGGGUUCGAGUGACGGAUCGGAGUUUGCGCGGUCGCAUUGCUUCGUUGGAUACUGCAUUCCUCCGCUUGGGGGUGCUAUUCGCAGGUCGUGCGUAUGCUCGACUGAUGAUAGACGCGGAUUUACGCUCAGCCUGCGUUAUUAUCGAGAUGCCGAUUACAGAUCUUCGCACGCCAACAUCGACGUGAUGCGUAGCCGCAACGAAUCCGCGUUGUAUCCCAUAUGCUUCUUCUGGUCGACUAUCGUCAUGAACGUCCUCACCGCGGACGAGAUCAUCUCUGCGUAUCUGACUCACAUUCAGCAACACGUCGCGUUCUGCUCUCGCACCAUCGAGGGCAUCCAACUCGCUGCAAAAGUGAACUAUCACGAACGAGGAUUCACCCUCUACGAUGGAAGCCAGCCAUCUUGUCAUCGCUGGAGCUGCCCCAAGCGGACACGUUUCUUCUUCGACGACGGCUGUUUGAAUAUUGCAUUUGAUAGCAUGGGCAUCCACUCCCGAACCGGUGUCGGUCUCCUGGCGCAUGAGUGAUUCGCCGUGUGGUGACGCGUGUGUGGUCAGAGCAAAGGGACCCGUAGUAUUUGCCGGAUCAGUAGACGAGUUAACAUCGACGUUCGACGGUGUAUUAUAAAUGUAA